AUGUUUUAUUACAAUGACAAAGAUUUAAUAUUUACAACAUCAUGGAAAAAAUUGUCUGUCAAUUCAAAAUUUGAUGAAUCUUUAAAAAGUCUAUGGAGAGAAAAAGAAGAUGAAGGUCUAUUUAGGUACAAAUAUAAAGAAGAAAAUGUAAUCAUGUUGCCUGGAAAGUAUGGAUUUCUCGCAGUUUUGAACAUUGAUAGAGGUACCAAACGCCGUAAGCCAAACAUAUUUGCUAGUGUGUUAGAACCGUUUAACGAUGAUUUGUUCAAUUUUACAAAAGUUAAUGCUGGAGAAUUUUUAUUCAAAUUUAGUUAUGCAUCAAGUAUUUCUUCUAAUACAGAUGAUACCUUGGCAAUAAAUACAAGUCCUUUAGGAGACUUUCAUUCUUUAAUUUUACCAAAAAUCAAUAGUAAACUACCGCAAGUUAUUGAUGAAUAUAGUUUGAAUAUUGCAAUUCAAUUGUUACUCCUAAGUGCAUCUCCGGCAAUACGCGUUGGGUUCAAUAGUUUAUGUGCUUUUGCUUCAGUGAACCAUCUUCAUUUACACUUGUAUUAUUUACAAUAUAAAAUGUACCUUGAGUAUUGUGAUAUAGAACAAUUUAGUGGUCCUUGUCAUAAGAUUAUAGAUUAUCCUUCCAAAGGAUUUGUAUUUGUACUGAAAAGCAGUGACUUGUUGUCCAAUUUUGUCAAGACAGUUUAUAUCAUGAUUAAUUACCUCCAGAAAAAAAAUAUUCCUCAUAAUAUUUUUAUUACUCGAGCACUAGUUAAAGAUUUAAAUGUCAACGAUUUUAAUAAUUCAAGGAAUUGUGUAAGAGUUUUUAUUUGGGCAAGAACUUCAUCAGGAGAUAAACGUAUGGAUAAGUUUUCUCCGGCAACUUGUGAAUUGUUCGGCCACUUAGUAUUUAAAGAUAAAUCUGAGUUUUCAGAAGUCACAGAAAGCAGUGUGACCAAAAUUCUUUCAGAUGUUACAGAAUCUUCAUUUUUAUUAAUUGAAAAUGACAUAAACAAUUUGUACUUAACAAUAUGA